UGUGAUUCAAGCUCACGUGUUUCUAGAAUCGGCUCCGGAACGACGCCUACAAGACUGCAGAUUUUAGGUAAAGCCUUGUGAAGAACUUGAUGCCAGAAAGGGAAGAGAGGAGACUCUGAUCCCAUACCUUUAGGCAGAGGAAACAGCCCUCUUCUAGGUUAGCAGGUUGACAAGAGUUCCCCGAGAUUAGAAGCCCUGGAAUCGCAGGCAUCCUCUCGGCUUCCCCAGGAAUGUGGUCGUGAGGCAGAGCCCACAGCUUUUCCGAAGAAAAGUCGUCUUGGGCCAUGGCCCAGGUCAGCAUCAACAGUGACUACAGCGAGUGGGCCUCCAGCACUGAUGCUGGGGAGCGGGCCCGUUUGCUCCAAAGUCCCUGUGUGGACGUGGUACCCAAGAGUGAGGGGGAGACAUCUCCUGGAGAUCCAGACAGCGGCACCACUUCGACGCUUGGAGCCGUCUUCAUCGUCGUCAAUGCCUGCCUUGGAGCGGGUCUGCUUAACUUCCCAGCAGCCUUCAGCACUGCUGGGGGCGUGGCGGCUGGCAUCGCCCUGCAGAUGGGCAUGCUGGUUUUCAUCAUCAGUGGGCUGGUCAUCCUGGCCUACUGCUCCCAAGCCAGCAAUGAGAGGACCUACCAGGAGGUGGUGUGGGCCGUGUGUGGCAAGCUGACAGGUGUGCUGUGUGAGGUAGCCAUUGCAGUCUAUACCUUCGGAACCUGCAUCGCCUUCCUCAUCAUUAUUGGGGACCAGCAGGACAAGAUUAUAGCUGUGAUGGCAAAGGAGCCGGAUGGGGCCAGCGGCAGCAGCCCCUGGUACACAGACCGCAAGUUCACCAUCAGCCUUACUGCCUUCCUCUUCAUCCUGCCCCUGUCCAUCCCCAAGGAGAUCGGCUUCCAGAAAUAUGCCAGCUUCUUGAGCGUCGUGGGCACCUGGUACGUCACCGCCAUUAUAAUCAUCAAGUACAUCUGGCCAGAUAAGGAGAUGCACCCAGGGGACAUCUUGACCAGACCAGCGUCCUGGAUGGCCGUGUUCAACGCCAUGCCCACCAUCUGCUUUGGAUUUCAGUGCCACGUGAGCAGUGUACCUGUCUUCAACAGCAUGCGGCAGCCGGAAAUAAAAACCUGGGGCGGGGUGGUGACGGCCGCCAUGGUCAUAGCUCUGGCUGUCUACAUGGGCACAGGCAUCUGUGGCUUCCUGACGUUUGGAGCCUCCGUGGAUCCCGACGUGCUCCGGUCCUACCCCUCAGAGGACGUGGCUGUGGCCGUGGCCCGAGCCUUCAUCAUCCUGAGCGUUCUCACCUCCUAUCCAAUCUUGCACUUCUGUGGGCGGGCUGUGGUGGAAGGCCUGUGGCUGCGCUACAAGGGCAUGCCCGUGGAGGAGGAUGUGGGCCGGGAGCGCCGGCGCCGGGUCCUGCAGACGCUGGUGUGGUUCCUGCUCACCCUGCUACUGGCGCUUUUCAUCCCAGACAUUGGCAAAGUCAUCUCGGUCAUCGGAGGCCUGGCAGCCUGCUUCAUCUUCAUCUUCCCAGGACUGUGCCUCAUUCAAGCCAAACUGUCAGAAAUGGAAGAGGUCAAACCUGCCAGCUGGUGGGCACUGGUCAGUUAUGGAGUCGUCGUCACCCUGGGAGCCUUCAUCUUCGGCCAGACCACAGCCAAUGCCAUCUUUGUGGACCUCUUGGCCUGAAUGAACACUGCCUCCCCAGAAAAAACGUGACCAGAGGCAUCUCGCAGAGCUGCAGAGCUGCCCAGGUCCCACGUCCUGUUCCAGC